AUGAAUCAAGCAGCUGCUUUUAGGCACCUGUUCCUGGUGCUGCAGUUGGUGAUGCUCGAAGCAGCUGUCCCUCAGGGAAAGGAAGUGGUGCUGGGGAAGGCAGGAGGCACGGCAGAGCUGCCCUGCCAAGCAUCCCAGAAGAAGUACAUGACCUUUACCUGGAAACUUUCUUCCCAGGUCAAGAUUGUGGAAAGUCAGAACUCCAUCUUUUGCCUUACAGGCUCCUCCAAGCUGAAAACUCGCUUUGAAUGCAAAAAAAUCCUGUGGGACCAAGGAUCCUUUCCUCUGGUCAUCAAGAGCCUUCAAAUCGCAGACUCAGGGAUUUACACCUGUGAAGUGGAGGACAAGAAAAGAGAGGUGGAACUGCUGGUGUUCGGCUCCUACCCCAUACACCCUCAUCUUCCUAUCUCCUGACCCAGCUUCUCUCUCUUCCCACCUCCAGCUUUCCGGAAGGUCUCUAACACGGUCUAUGCGAAAGAAGGGGAGCAGGUGGAGUUUUCCUUCCCGCUCAACUUCGAAGAUGAAAACCUGAUGGGGAAGCUGAGGUGGAAGGCAGAGGGGGCUCCCUCCUCCCUGCUCUGGAUCUCCUUCACCUUGAAUAACAAGAAGCUAUCUGUGAAAGAGGUUGACCAGUACUCCAAACUCCAGAUGAUGGACUCACUCCCGCUCCGCUUUACCCUGCCCAACGUUUUGUCUCGUUAUGCCGGUUCUGGAAACCUGACCCUGGUCCUUGACAAGGGACAAUUGCAGCAGGAAGUAAAACUCGUGGUGAUGAGAGUGACUCAGUCUGGGAACAAUUUGACCUGUGAGGUGCUGGGACCCACCUCCCCUGAGCUGACGCUGAGCUUGAAACUCGAAGGACAGGCUGCCAAGGUCUCAAAGCAGCAGAAGAUGGUAAGGGUGGAGGAUGCCGAGGUGGGAACAUGGCAAUGUCUACUGAGUCACAAGGACAAAGUCUUGCUGGCAUCCAAGGCCGAGGUUUUGCCUCCUGUGCUCACCAGGACCUGGACAAAUCUCUUGACCAUCGUGCUGGGCGGGGUCCUAGGCCUCGUGCUUUUCACUGGGCUCUGGGUCUACUGCUGUGUUAAGUACUGGCACCGCAGGCGCCAGGCAGCUCGGAUGUCUCAUAUCAAGAGACUCCUCAGUGAGAAGAAAACCUGCCAGUGCUCCCACCGGUUACAGAAGACAUGUAAUCCCAUUUGA